GAAGAGACCGGACCGGACCGGAAUCCCAAGAGUUUCGUGCGCCUGCACAGAUCCCGGUUCCGCGGGGGGAAAUGGUGGUGACGGCGAGCAAACAGUGAAAACUGUGGGACGUUCAACGGCACAAAACGGAACAGAACUGCGUGGAAUAACGGCUCUAACGUGCCGUCGAAAGCGCCACUUCACGGUCACGUCACGUCACGGGCGGUGUGUAAUCGACGUCCGCGCUUCCCCAACUCUUCCAUACCCCCCACCAGCCGGCCAUCGACGACGAACGAAACGUGUCCGAAGGCGGGAACGUACGAAGAAAAGAAUUACGAGUGUGCCACCCAGAGACCGUGGCCGUGACCGCGAAAGUGAUCAUUCGUAGUCGUUCAGUGAGUCGGCAUACCAGCGACCGUACGCGAGGCGACAGAGAGAGAGACGAAGGCGCCGACGAAGAUGCCGUUGUUCAAUAAGAAAAGCACGAAAAUAUCGAAUCCCUCGCCACCGAUGACCAAGGAUCCGCAUCAUCACGCGUACCACCACGAUAACAACAACUACAAAAACCCUCCGAUCCCUACAGCGCCCUCGAUCCACGACAGCAUGAGCAACGGCGGCGGCGGCGGCGUCGGCGUCGGUGGCCACGUCGACUCGACGACCGUCACUAAGCCCCAGCUGGUCUUCAACUGCCAGCUGGCCCACGGCAGCCCGACCGGCUUCAUCACCGGCUUUGCCAGCGUCAAGGAGCUGUACCAGAAGAUUGCCGAAUGCUACGACUUUUCGCUGGACGAGAUUCUGUUCUGUACACUAAACUCGCACAAGGUCGACAUGAGCAACCUGCUGGGAGGCCAGAUCGGGCUGAACGAUUUCAUUUUCGCACACAAAAAGGGCCGCCCCAAGGAGGUGGAGAUCGUGAAGUCGGAGGAUGCGCUCGGGCUGACGAUCACGGAUAAUGGGGCCGGGUACGCCUUCAUCAAGCGAAUCAAGAGCGGAAGUGUCAUUGAUAGGAUCCCCCACAUACAGAUUGGUGAUCAUAUCGAGAAACUGGACGGCAUCAAUGUGGUGGGCAAACGGCACUACGAAGUGGCGCGCAUGCUGAAGGAUAUCCCAACGGGGUCCACGUUUACCAUCCGGCUCGUGGAACCGAUGAAGAGCGGCUUCCAGGGAAUCGCACCCCGCAAGGGGACGGCCGGCGGUAAGCCGGGCAAGCAGCAGGCGUACGGUAGCGGCAAAGAAACGCUUCGGUUUAAGGCUAACGGGAAUGCGGCCAUCGAAGACGAGCACGAUGAUGCGACGCAAUGUGGAAUUGAUGCCAUUAACUCACUGCUCGACUCCUUCAUGGGAAUCAACGAUAGUGAACUAGCCACUCAAAUUUGGGACCUAGGUAGCAACAAAAUAAACUCGAUGGACUUUGCGGAAGCGAUAGAUGCUUCCGACCUAGAGGCCUUCGGUUUUACCGACGAUUUUAUCAUCGAACUGUGGGGCGCCAUUACCGACGCUCGUCAGGGCCGUUACAAGCGAUAAAAACGGAUGCUGCACCGAUCCGAGUGUGAAAUGAACCUUAGAACAUACGGUGAUACGGUGUGAGCAAGAGAGGGCAAGGCAUCGGCGCUGGUUCAGUGAAACGUACGCACGGUACUAGGAGAUUAGAAGCUUCUUCCAAGGGAGCGAGGAAGCUAACACUGUCCCACGCAAAAAGGACGAAGCAGGAGGAGAAAACAAGGAGCAUUUACCCGAGCCCGGCGGAUCGCGCGUUUCGGUGAGGGUGACCCCAAUCGGACCGCACCUACGCGCACCGUGAGCCCGAUGAAUUGUGAUGUGUUUUAAACAACCUACUACAAGAACAAAAACGAACCGCAACAACCUACUACCUAACUUAACUACUAUUUCUGCUACACUGGAACCCCCAUUCAUCAUUAGAAACAUCUUGUACUAAUUUUAUAAGUAGAAAGCAAAAGUGCGAACGGAACGACGCAAUCAGGGUUGCAUUCCACUAUUAGUUGUAAACAAAAUUACGACCCCCAAUUUACCAUUCCGGUUGAUAACGGUGCGGCAGCAUAUCUUGACUAUUCGAGCUUCGUUGAUAAGAGCCAAACACGUCGGGGUAUCAAAGCGGCGGCAGCAGCAGAGUCAGACGAGGGGCUAGUGUGUUUUUUAAUUGUAUAAUGUUAUUGUGUAAAUGGUAUAUUUGUGUGUAACGAUCGUGGGACGCUGUUGUUGGAUCGAUCGAUCGAUGAACUGAUGCAACGUGGAUGCGGUGUGGUACACGGCGGUAAAAAAGGUGAUUACGGUUCGUAGAUGGCGCAUGUUUAAAAGAGCAACAGCAUAUUUUAGCUAACUAAAUUCUAAGCGUAAUAAAAAGU